AAAUCCAGGGGGUCAAGGAGGGUUUUGGGGUUCAGUAGGCAGGCUGUUGUUUGAAUAUCAACAUUUGUAGAGAUUAUUCCGAACUUGACAAUUAGGGUUUUUCUCUCUCAAAUGGAGGCAAUUACAGAGAAAGUUAACAACUUGAACAUCACCGACUCAUCUGCUGCCAACAAGAAGAAUCGAAUCCAAGUCUCUAAUACCAAGAAACCCCUCUUCUUUUAUGUAAAUCUCGCCAAGAGGUACAUGCAGCAGCACUCUGAGGUGGAACUCUCUGCUCUUGGAAUGGCUAUUGCAACUGUUGUUACAAUUGCCGAGAUCUUGAAGAAUAAUGGACUGGCUGUUGAGAAGAGGAUCAUGACGUCUACUGUUGACAUGAGGGAAGACACUGGUGGACGACCUGUCCAAAAGGCUAAGAUUGAAAUACUUCUGUGGAAAUCAGAAAAGUUUGAUGAGUUGAUGGCUGCUGCUGCAGAGGAGGCGCUGGAAAGCGAGGAGCAGAGCUGAUUUUUUGAGACGUUACCUGGAAUGUAUCUUGUUGGCUAGUUUGUUAAUCAUGGACUUUUUAAACGGUUUUUCCUAGAUGAACUUUUAUGAAGUGAAGUUUACUAGUAUUAACAUAAUUCUUGUAGGAAUUUUUGUAAAAGUCAAUGCCCUUGGUUGCUUAAUUCAAAUUUGUUCCGUAGUUUAUGUAA